UUACGUUACCGAACGCCGUGCGGGAUUUUCGCUACUUCGAUUGGCAGCAUUGCGGUUCCCACCACGCGAACCAAGCUCCGACGUCGCUCUUCCGCUGUUUCAGCGGGCGCGAGUGAGACGGAAUCGCGGUCGCACGCGCCGCGACGAAUGGUCGUCAACGACGUGGAACGUGGAACGUAUGUAGUCGAUGUUUCGAUUGUAGUCUGCGCGCAAAUGGCGUAUGACAACAACGGUUCGUCGGUCGGUAAAUUCGGCUGGAGGGAGGUGUUCGAUAUGCAAGUGCCGUUCAUCAAGCGCGACGACAAGGACUACAUGCUGAUAAAUAUCGUCGAGCAGGCGGUCGGCAAAAAAUUCGGCGCGCACUUCAGCAACGAAGUGGCCGCUUGCGUGAAAUUUCCCAAGUUCAAUCUGACGGCCGGCGAGGCUGCGCUCUUCAACGAAAUCAACGUCGAGCACUGCGACAGCAUGUUCAGCAAAACGCCGUACACGACCGCCGACAGCAUGGUGGAACUGGACGACGUACAGGCACUCGACGCAUUCCUCAAGGUCUGCUACCGCAUGGUGUUCGAGAACCACAAGACGAACGAGUUGUUCGGGUUCGUGCGCGUAAACGGUGAGAACUCGGUGCCGUUCGUGUGGAGCGGUUCGAGGAAACUCGUCCCCGUCAUCUAUUUCGACGGCGAAGCGGAAUUCUUCGAGGACCGGUCGGUCCUGCUCACCGACCGCUGGAAAAUGGUGUACCUGCGGUUCUGCUGCAAAGUGCACGACAUUAGACCGUCCCAUUACAACGUGGCCGCGAUGAAAGUCGUCGAUCUCGAAGACGUGUACCCCCUGUUCCCAGCCGACACGAAAUUCGAGGACUACUGGCCCGAGCAGAUAAACGAGGCGCUGCUGAGCGCCAAAGGGGCCGCGAGGCCCCCGCCCCAAGACCUCGGCCCGAUCCGUAUCCAGAGCUCGUCACCGAAAAGCAGCUGGCCCAAUUUGACGGUGCAAGUGUGCUCGUACCGGCCCGCGUCGAAUUUGCGGCCCACCGACUAUCAGAUCGCGGAGGUGAGCGUCCUGAACGAACGUUUCACCUCGAUCACCGGUUCGCCCAGCUCGCGCGCUUUGCUCCUGGUGUCGGUAAACGAGUUCCAGAAAAAACUGGCCCCCCAAGCCACGUUACAGGACGUCAUCUUCCGGUACAAGGAGCUCUUCCGGACCUUUUACCUGCUGAAUCCGGUCCAGAAGAACCUGUGGCAGCAGUUUAUGGCGUCGCCGGUGCGGCUGCACGGACACUUCAACGACCUGUUUGUGGAUUCGACGGACGCGAACGCGGUGGCCGAGAGACUGAGCGAGACCGCUCUAUAGCCGCCCGUAUACGGUCUGAGGGGGCGGAGCCAACGGUGAAAAGUUAAGUCGCGGGUUCGAUAUGUGUCGUGAGUAAUGGACAACGCCGAAGGUAUAGUUCGUGUCUCUAUCUUCAUCGUACUGGCUUUUGCCCGCGAUUAACUUUCUGUAAUUUUACAAAUAAAAAAAGGUACUUUUUACAAAACUUCUGGACUCCUCCCGCAUCCGUUUUUGCUGAGUCGAACUUGCUGACGUUUUGCCGACCAUCCUGUUGGCUUCUUCGGAGCUUGACUGAAAGUGGCACAUGUUUUACUCUGUACCUGCUUAUCUAGUGUUUGGGGGGGAUGACUGAUUCCCAUAUUGGUGACAGGUAGAGAUCUGAGUCGCGGUUAAGAUUGUUAGGUUGUUUAUAGAUUUCUAUAGACCCUCGGAUUUUUCGUUGGUAGAUGAACUGAUUACAUGCAAGAAUUUUAGUUUUGUCGAAUAAAAUUUUAUGUCCGCUUUGAUGAGUUUAUUUGUCUUAGUCGUAAGGCCCUUUCGUGUUCUUUGAGUCUAGUCAGCAAAAAACUGAAAAUUGGGUUCCCCUUAUAUGGAUAAUUGACUUUACCUAGAAGGCUGUGUUUCAGCUGCCAUUUUCUUUCGCCCGACCAUACAGUCCGUAUGGACUGCUAAAACUUUUCUAUUUUAGAUUUUCAUACAUUGUACAGGGCGUUCGAUAUAUUCUGUUUCAUAUUCAGACAUGCAAUAAAUGUCUCAAAUUUGCAACUAUCGACUUCAAAUUUAGCGGAGAAGUGAAAGUCCACACCCACAUCUAUACCGUAGAAACUGGAAGCAAUCUAGACUUGCCUGUUUUUUUUUUAAUUUUUAAAAUUUUUGUUUUGUUAUUUUUUCCUCCAGAAAAAACAAAAUAUCAGGAAAACUAUUAACUUGAUCGCCAAAAUUAUUUUACUAUUUCAAGCAUCUUUUCAAUUAUAGAUAAAAAUCUAAAAGACGUUGUUCGAGAUAUUUGAAAAAAAUCCGAAUGAAAAUCACCAUUUCUCGCCCUCAAUCUAGACGCGAUUGAUUGAUUUGCGCUAUUGGAAAAAUUCAUAUAUCAGGAAAAAUGGGAGAUCCAGGGCUAUUACCCCUAUCUCGGGAAUUGUUUGAAUUAUACGCAUUGCGUGUGCGGGUAAAUUAUUGGCGAUAAAUGCAAAACCGUUAAAGAUGGGCACAUAGGCAAAUAUCGUUUGAUCCCCUAACGGAACCUAUUUAAAUUGGGGGGGUUGGGGGUCCGGGAAAUAUUUUAAAAAAAUUAAAAACUGCGUUGAACUUUUAUUCUUGACAAUUUCUCAAAAAUCUACAGGGUGCGCCGCAAAUUAAAAAAAACUGAAAAAUGGGUCCCCCCCAUUAUUGAAAAUUAGAAAAUAACUGAAAGACUAUGAUUCAGAUCUCACUUUAUAUUGCGAUAUAGCCCGCAUAGACAGCAAAAACUUUUGCACGUAAGGUUUUCACCUAUUGUACAGGGUGUUCCCGAUAUUCCGUGCUAAAUGAGAAAUGUGUUAAGUGUCCUAAAUUUGCAGAUGUCAACUUCAAAUUUAGCGGAGAAGUAAAAAUUCGUAUCCACAUUUAAAAAUUAAAUUAAAAAAUUCUUUAACCGGCAGACGCAGAAGAUCCAGUGCAAUAAUAUUUAUUUCUGCCAUUUUUUCGAUUAUAUACAGGGUUUCCAAAUUAUAGGCGUAUAUAAAAGACCUAGAAAAUUGUUCUUUUACAGAAUAAAUUAUUAGCCACAAAUCAAAAAUCGUAAAAAAUAUGGUUCAAACUAUGCCGCUCGGGAUAUUCGAAAAGAUCCAUAUUGAAAUCGCUAUUUCGGGGGCUGGCAAGACGCGAUGACGUCAUUGAUUAUUACGGCGCACUGCGUGGUUUCAGAAAAAACUUAUUUUCUCGAAAACCAUUUAUUAGUUUCAAAAAAUUCUUGUACCAGGACGCGUGGAAAAUCCAGGGCUGUAACCUCUACUUCGAACAAUGUUUGUAUCGUAUACAGGGUGUGUCGUUUAUGGGCAAAAAAUCUAAAAUAUCCUAAAAAUUUCCGUUUUUGUUGGUAAAUUGUUGGCGAUUAAUGAAAAACCGUUAAAGAUGGGAUAAUUUUAUUUGAAUAGUAUCGUCAAUUAUACAGGGCGCGAGAUAUUUGAAAAAAUAUCAUUCGACCACGCAUUAUUUGUGCGAAUUUUUAUAUUUACCGAUGUUUGCUGUAACUUUGAAGCUUGACGAGAUGAAGUUGACCCGUGGAACAGAUUUGUUUUCAUCUUCUUCUAGCUUCUUAUGCAGUUUAUCCAAGGUAAUAAGAUCGUUUUAUAAGUUUUAUUGGGAAGGGCCCUUCGAAAGCCAACACGAUGAAGAUUGAGACAAGACGGUACAGUGAAUUCUAUAAGUUCAAGGACCUAGCUAACCGUCUAGCUCCCAGUAUAUAGUUUUAUUUGUCGUAGUUUUAAGGCUCUUUCAUGUUUUUUCGUCUUAGUUGAUCUUGUUCGCCCAAUGUAUUUUUGCCACAUAUGAAUGCUGUAAAGAUUCUUCUAGUGGUAAAUAACGUUAUAUUUCUUAAAAACUUUUGAUACGUGAUGUUUUGAGCUAAUGGAAAGGCAGCGAUGACAAGUGUGGGGUUGUGUUCGGGCCUUUGUCUAUUGUGUGAUGGAACGUUUACUAUCUCUAAUGUGAAAAUUAUUAGAGAGAAUAACAGAUGUAAGGUGUUUUAAUUCUGGGUUGACUCUGUAAACCAGCUGGUUGUUUUGGGUUCCCUUAAAGGUUCCUAGAAAAUAACCCUCCAGCAUUGAAACGUUUUUAAUUCAUACGUAAAUAAAGAAAACAUUUUUCUAUUUUCUUCUCUAACAACGCGGAGUGACAUGUAUGGAAGAGUCACAAUGUGAUACGACUGAUAUACGGUAUAAUGGAGAUGUCUACCAUAAUCGAACUAUUUUGUUUUAGGUUAGGAUACAGACAGAUAUUGCGAUUUGACUAAUGUGUUGGGUCUGAUUGAUAAGAAUAUUUAAGAAUCGGAGGGUAUUUUAAGGUGUAUAGAGUUCAAAUGGCGGAGGGCAAAUAAUAAAAGUAUCAUUUACG